AUGCUUCUGUUGGCUUGUGUGAUUGUACAAAUAGCCAAUGGACAAUCACCUUUCACUUGGUCAGUGAACAACCAUGAUUACUAUUGGAUUCAGACAAUUAAAUAUGCCACAGAUGCUGCUGAUUACUGUGCUGCCACCUAUCCAAAUGGAUACUUGGUAACAAUCAAUUCACAAGCUGAAUGGUCAUUCAUUGAAUCUACCUUUGCCACUGAAUUGGCAGCAGAGUCAUUAUGGGUGUCGGGUAGUGAUGUCGAUGGUGAUGGAUUGUGGACAUACUCAACUGGACCAGAGACUGGCGCACCAAUGUACGACCUGACAUCAGAUCGUCUUUUCAGUUACGUCGAUUGGUGUCCAGGCGAGCCAUCUAGAGGCGAACCCUACCUGUCCUACGUGGCAGGCAAUGUACAAUACAAAUGCUUCAACAACAGAGUGUCGAAUUCGGCCAGUUACCCAUUCAUUUGCGAGGUGGGUCCCGCCGUCGAGCCUUUCCUGUUGCCAGUCAGCCAGUGGGGUGGCCAGUCCCAGAUGAGCACAGCCGCCUUCCCAGGCUCCGUAGUGUUUGGCGACAUCCAGGUCACUAUCAACUUGCAGGGCGCUGCGCCAAGCUCUGCCGUCCCAUGCAGCAAUGUCGUACACAACGCCACAAGCGAUAUGAUCACAUGCACCCUCCCCGCUGGUACCACUGGUGUGUACGACCUGAAGGUCACCGACGGUGUGCGCACCUACACCUCCACCUACCAAUACCUGCCGCCACAGAUCAACACGGUCAACCCGAGCUUCAAGUCUGGCGACACCAUCAGCAUCACCGGCACUGGCUUUGGAAACGACGCCACCAAGAUCCAGGCAACGCUUACAAUCUCCAUGAUUAGUUGUUCAAACGUUGUCAUCCUCAGCCCCAACGUAGCGUUCAGCUGCGUGCUUCAGGGCGACAUCACAAAGGGACUGUUCCCCAUCAAGGUGUCGGUUGGCGGCAUCGCAUUGGGUGUCUCGCUCAAGGCCGCCAUGUACGUGAAGGAGGAGAACAUGUACUACAACUGUUUCAACUAUCAACUGUUCUCGGACGCGGCCAACGAAAUGAUUUCGAAGCAGGUCGUCGAGGGCAUGGAUGGAUACAUGGGCUACGUCGCCACAGCGGCCGCAAGCCAAGUCCUCUACAACGGCUGUGCCUUUAUAAACUCGAACUCGAAAUACUACCGUAUGGACUCCCUCAUGAUGAACGCCAUGUACAACGGCACGGAAAUGGUCUAUCGCUACGGACCCAAGAGCGGCCCCAUCACACUCUACAACCCCGUGACCGACAUUGGCUUGUCGACCACCCAAUACUAUUACUACGACCUCGGCAGCGAGAUGACUCUCUACAGCUCGAGCGACUCAUACAUGAACCUGCUUACAGCUUUCGAUCCAAGCGUGCUAGUCACGCCCAGCUUCACCGCCGUCCAAACAUACACAAUGCCAACAAAUGGCGCGUACAUCAGUUUCAGGGUCACAUCAAUCGUGCCCGUGCUCUCCAAUGUGAGCAUGUCUCUCCUUGUCAAUGGCGUGUUGAGCCCUGUCAACGCGUCUGCCACCAACUACCAGACUUACGCGAUGGGUGUCCAGGUCCUGCCCGGCUCUGGCGGCCCCCACCAUGCAUACUUUGUCCUUGGCGGCAUCAAUGGCGCACGAUCGAGCAACUACCUCACAAUCGACUUCAUGCCACCAGUGCUUGACACAGCUUCCAACGUGGACAACGACAACUACAUCACAUUGUCUGGUAACAACUUCUCGAUCAAUGCCAACGAUAUGGUGGUCAGCGUGUUGACCAACACCAACGUCUCGCUGACUUGCACUGGUUUGGAGAUCUUGACACCAUUCCACAGCGUACGAUGUAUGGCACCAGCCUACUUUGGCAAGCAACGUCGUAUCUUUAUAACGGUUGGCGGCAAGAAGUCCAAUGUCAAGCUGUUCAACUACGCCGAGGCCAAGGUGACCGGUGUUAGCGCGAUUGGUGGUGGCGGUGGCGUUGUCACUGUCACUGGCACAGCAUUCCCAACCGACUCUGUCACAUCCUCCGUCUCCAUCGGACCAUACUCAUGUACUUCCGUUGUAGUCGACACUCCGAUCAGUCUGCACUGCACUCUUGCCGCGGGUUCUGGCACACACAACGUCACUCUCACUUUCGAUGGCUCGGUCACCGUAUCCACCUACCUGUUCUCAUACUCCCAUCCAACCGUGUCCAGUGCCACAGCUGUCAAGUACAUGGUCGGAGGAAAUGUCACCAUCUCUGGCGACUACUUCUCCGAUGUUGGCAUCGCAGUUGACAUCCAGGGACAGGCCUGCGCCAACCCCGCGGUCGCCUCUACCAACUCACUCACCUGUUCAUUCCCCGGUACUGUGGCCAUCACCGAUCUGAUUAGAUUGGGCUACGUCAACGUCACGGUCAACACAAUCAGUGGCGGCGCCUACGUCUUUGUCUACGAAAAGGUCACACCAAGCGAUGGAUGCAAGAACAACUGCAGCGGCCAUGGAGAUUGCAUCAACAAUGUGUGCGUUUGCGAAGAAGAUUGGAAGGUGAAGGACGACUGCUCGAUCAAGGGAGGCUCAGGUGGCACGCCAUCAACCGGCAACAACACCGAGGGUAACUAUCCCGGCAACUUCACAUCUGCCAUCACACAUCUGAGGGAGGUUAACUACAUGGGCAACGUCGUCAAGACUAUCGUCGUGUCAACGGCCAAGUGGAACCAGACCGAAGCAAGCGCCACUCAGCAGCUCUACCGCCGUACUUUCGACAACACCGACGCGGUGCUCGAGGUCAACAUCACAACCUACCUCUCCCCUGCCACCGUGGUCUUUGGUGGCCAGACCAUCAAAAUGGAGGCCAACUCGCUAAAGUACGUGGCAGCCGUGUACAACUGGACGUUCGCCAGCCAGUUGAACGUGCUCCAGAUCAUUUUCACGACCACUGCUCCAAUGACCUCAGUGUCCCAGUGCAAGCAGGUGGACACCGAGGCACAGAUGGACUCCAACAAGCUACAAAUCGUCGCUGGAGGCUCUGUGCUGCAGGCACAGUUUGCCAACGUGCUGCUCGUGGACAACAAGGCGCAGACAUCACUUGCCGUCCGACUUCUGGAUAGCGAUCCACUGGUCGUCGGCAUGCCCGUUGGUGCCAACGACACCAAGUACGUGAUGACAGCCGUCGCAUCGCCCGCGUUCACCGGCUCAUGUAAGAUUGACCCUUCAUUCAACUCAUUGAUCUCGGACAACUCCCAGAAUGGCGAUUCCUGCAGCACGUCCGAUAACAAGUGGAAGUUGAUCACCAUCAUUGUCCUGUGUUCCGUUGGAGGUCUGGCCAUUGCCUGUGCAACCAUAUUCAUUGUUCGUCGUAAAAUUCUCCUGAAGAAGAUGAAGCAAGACAUGCACAUGAGGUCCCUGGGCACGCACAGCUCCUAA